AUAAAGUAUCUAAAAGAGGGGAUUCACUUUAUUAACCUAUAUGAUGCUUUCAAUACAGCAUGUCUAAGACACAAAUUAAUACCAUCUCUUGCUCAGAAUGAUACACAAACACAAUAGGAGAAAAAAAGAAAAACAUGAUUAUAAGUGUCCAGAUCCCUUUUUAUGCGCAAGAAAAGCAAUCAAUUAAAGUGAUCAAGUGAAGGGCAGUCUAGUAAUUCAAUUUAAAAAGCAACAAAUUUUACUUUGCCUUUGAAAUUUGAAAUGCUUUCAUUCUCUCUCUAAAACAUUAAAAAAAAAAAAAAAAAUCAAUGGGAAUCAUGUCUGCCAAAGCAAAAGAGAAUGUUUAUAUAAAUGUAUAAUAAAGAAUGCAAAAAAAAAAAAAAAAAAACAGAAGAAGAAGAAGAAGAAGAAGAAAUUCUUUAAAAGAAAAACAAAAAAGAAACAAGGAAGAACAUUGCCAACCCAUGGUUCAGUCAUUAAAUUGAAGGCCAAAAGAAGGGUUCUUGUUCCUUCUCUUUCUUUCUUUCUCUCCUUCUCUCUCUCUACCCAAAUGAAAAUAAAACACUUCAUUCUUUACUUUCACAUUCAGUCUUUCUUGCUCAUACUCCAGUUGGGUCUGUUUAUGCAAGAUUUCAAGAACUCUCACACAAGCUCAGGUUCAUAUGAUUAUCUAAGCCAUCAUUGAUCACUCACUCCAUAUGACAAUUUCAAGGCAGCAUGCCUCUUACACAAUUGACAAAAGCAAAGCUAGAGAAGAUGCAUAAUGUGCAUUUCUUGCGCUCUAGGAAGCCUUGGUAUCAAAGAGCAAUAGAGAUGGCUACUCAAUGGAAGACAAUUUCCAAGUCCACUGAAGUUCCAUCAACAAAUUCUACAUUAUGGAAACUUUCCAACCCAAAAGAAAUUCCUACAACAAAUGCAACAUUGUGGAAGAGUAUUUCCAAAUCCACAGAAAUUCCAAUAACGACGACAACUACAACGACGACUGUGACGACAAACCCUAAUAGAGGGAAACUAAGAAAAUGCACAUCUCUUAGGGUUGCCACUUCGUUUACUCGGGUAUGUCUUUGUGCACCCAUCUCUUCCUACAAUGAGGUAUUUCGAGCUGACAUUCCGCCUAGAAGAAGCAAUAGUUACCCUAGAUCAAAACCCUUUCCUACAACGCAAGAAAGAAUUCCUAGCGCAAGACAUAGCACGGAAGGAAGAAGAGUUUUUCGGGGGAAAUCAUUGACAGACGAUGUUCUAAUGAGGAGAUUUGUUGUGGAGGAAGAGGCAAUGAUGCAAAUUAGAAGGAGAAAUCAAAUGGAAGUUAUUAGGAAGAGAAAUAUGAUGAGAAGAAAAAAGCUUGGACCAAGCCCUCUUAGUAAAAUGGUGAUGGCCGAGGAGGAAGAGGAAGAGGAGGAAGAAAAAGAAAUUACAUCAAAAGUUUGAAUGUUUAUUGGUGUUCAAACGGUAAAUUUUGAUAUUUCCCUCCCAUUUUCUUUUUUCUUUUUUAUUUUAUUUAUUUUUAUUCAGCUAAGAGGUUUGUACUUGUUGCAAGCAAUUUCUGCCAUUAAUAUUAGAUGGUUUGGGUGGUGAAA